UGGGAUUUGAGUAUUCUGUCAAAUUUUGGUGCCGGGCGUGACCCUUUGCUUAAAUUACCGACGUCGCCGACAAUUGUUUCACUUUCCUCACUUCCAGCCGCAAAAUCUCUAGCCAUGAACAUUGUAUCCUUCUGACGAAAGCCACCAAACACAACAAAAAGGACCAAGACACGAAAACCCAAGAAAAUUCUCAGUUCAAGCCACUGUCGACGGCCGGGGUGCGUUGCCAGAAUGGGGGCCAACCUGACCGGAAUGGCGCGCGAGGAGCGGAGCGCGCGAGUCGAAGGUGGCGAGGAGGAGGCCAAAGCCCAGGCGAGGCAGCAGGAAACGCCUCAUGCCAAGGAUCAGUGUCCGUCGCCCUCGGAAACUGCCUGCCCGGAACCCCAGCCGGUGUACGCCGAAAACGCCAAGACGAGGCGCACCAAGUCCCGAUCUGUGAUAGGCGCCAUCGAGGACAUCCAGCGCAUGCCGGAGAAGGCCAUCUACGAGGAGUUCAACCGCCUGCUGAUGAACUCCGAUCCCCAGCUGACUCCCCUGGGAGAUCCACCCUGCAGGGACGUGGCCGCCCGGCUGCAGACCUGCCUCCAGCGAAGCCGCGAACGUUCCUGCAACUGCUUCAAGGUCAUGGAGCAGUAUCAGCACUGCGUGAUUCGGGCUACGCAGGACCACUUGGACGACCAGGUGCAGACGGGGACUUCCACCAUGGUGGUGGUGACGCCCCAGGCCAUUCCACCACCCGCCUACCCUCCUGCCACGCGCCCCCGGCGGUGCUGGUACAAGUUCUGGACCUGGUUUCGUUCGUAGUCAUGGUUUCCUGUGCCCAUCUGGAUCUGGGAAGUCCGAGAACCCACCUGACUGGCCGACCACCCGACUGUCUGUCUGAAAACCAAAUAAAGAAAUGGCUUUAUUA